AUGACGCCUCGCGAUCUUGUUUCUCCUUUCGUGGGCUUCACUGAUGAUUUGCCAGAGUUGAGCCACGGAACUGAAGAGGCCAUGGCUUCGUUCGAUCCGGACGUGUUAAACCAAAACUCCGCGCACAAGCCGCACCAAUGCGCUAACGGAACUGCCAGCUCCGCGCACGAGCCGCACGAAUGCGGUAAUGGAACACCGAGCUCAGCGCACAAGCCGCACGAAUGCGCUAACGGAACACCGAGCUCCGAGCACAAGCCGCACGAAUGCGGUAACGGAACUCCGAGCUCCGCGCACAAGCCUCACGAAUGCGGUAACGGAACUCCGAGCUCCGCGCACAAGCCGCACGAAUGCGGUAACGGAACUCCGAGCUCCGCGCACAAGCCUCACGAAUGCGGUAACGGAACUCCGAGCUCCGCGCACAAGCCGCACGAAUGCGGUAACGGAACUCCGAGCUCCGCGCACAAGCCGCACGAAUGCGGUAACGGAACUCCGAGCUCCGCGCACAACCCUCACGAAUGCGGUAACGGAACUCCGAGCUCCGCGCACAACCCACACGGAUGCGCUAACGGAACCCCAAGUUCCGCGCACGAGCCGCACGAAUGCGCUAACGGAACCCCAAGCUCCGCGCACGAGCCGCACGAAUGCGCUAACGGAACUCCGAGCUCCGCGCACAAGCCGCACGAAUGCGCUAACGGAACUUCCAGCUCCGCGCACAAGCCGCACGAAUGCGCUAACGGAACUCCAAGCUCCGCGCACGAGCCGCACGGAGUGUAG